AGGGGUCAUCGUUUAGAGGUGUAUAAAAUCAUGAGAUUGGCUAAAUGCACAGUCUUUUACCCAGAGUAGGGGAAUCAAGAACCUGAGGACAUAGGUUUGAGGUGAAGGGAGAAAGAUUUAAUAGCAACCCGAGGGGCAACUUUGCUACUCAAAGGGCAUUAGUUAAUUGGAACGAACGGAGGUGGUUGAGGCAGGUACUAUCACAAUGUUUAAAAUGCUCUUGGACAGGUACAUGAACAGGAUAGGUUUAGAAGGAUAUGUGCCAAACGUAGGCAGAUGUGACUAGUUAAAUGGUGCAUGUUGGUUGGUGUGGGCAAGUUGGGCUGAAGGGCCUGAUUCCAGGAUGUAACUAGUAGAAUGAAUAAGGGAGAGCCAGUGGAUGUGGUGUAUCUGGACUUUCAAAAAGCCUUUGACAGGAUCCCAAACAAAAGAUUAGUGUACAAAACUAGAGCACAUGAUAUUGGGGUAGGGUAUCAACAUGGAUAGAGAACUGGUUGACAGACAAGAAGCAAAGAGUAGAAAUUAACAGGUCCUUUUCAGAAUGGCAGGCAGUGACUAGUGGGGUGCCGCAAGGCUCUGUGCUGGGACCCCAGUUAAUUAUAAUAUAUAUUAACGAUUUAGAUGAGGAAAUUAUAUGUGACAUCUCCAAGUUUGCGGAUGACACAAAGCUGGGUGGCAGUGUGAGCUGCGAUGAGGAUGUUAUGAGACUGCAGGGCGACUUGGAUAGGUUGGGUGAGUGGGCAGAUGCAUGGCAGAUGCAGUAUAAUGUGGAAAAAUGUGAGGUUAUGCACGUUGGUGGCAAGAACAGGAAGGCAGAUUAUCUGAAUGGUGUCAUAUUAGGAAAAGGGGAGGUGCAACGAGAUCUGGGUGUGCUUGUACAUCAGUCACUGAAAGUUAGCAUGCAGGUACAGCAGGCAGUGAAGAAAGCUAAUGGCAUGUUGGCCUUCAUUGCCAGAGGAUUUGUUUAGGAGCAAGGAGGUACUACUACAGUUGUACAGGGCCCUGGUGAGGCCACACCUGGAGUAUUGUGUGCAAUUUUAAUCUCCUAAUUUGAGGAAGGACAUUAUUGCUAUUGAGGAAGUGUAGCGUAGGUUCACCAGGGAUGGGGGACUGGCAUAUGAUGAAAGAAUGGGUCAACUGGGUUUGUAAUCACUGGAAUUUAGAAGGAUGAGAGGAUAUCUUCAAGAAACAUAUAACAUUCUUAAAGGAUUGGACAGGCUAGAUGCAGGGAAAAUGUUCUCGAUGUUGGGUGAAUCCAGAACCAGGGAUCAUGGCCAUUUAGGACUGAGAUGAGGAAAAACUUCUUGGCCCAGUGAGUUGUCAAUCUGUGGAAUUCUCUGCAACAGAAGGCAGUGGGGGUAAUUCACUGGAUGUUUUCAAGCGAGAGUUGGAUUUAGCUCUUAGGGCUAAAGAGAUCAAGGGAUAUGGGGAAAAAUCAGGAACGGGGUACUGAUUUUAGAUGAUUAGCCAUGGUCAUAUUGAACUCUGCCGUCGUCUCUGCUGGCUCGAAGGGACGAAUGGUUAUGGCCUACUUCUGCGCCUAUUUUUAUGUUUCUAUGACUCAAUGACUAUAAUAGAUGCCUAUGAAUGUACGUGGACUGCAACAUUAGACAUGGUUGUGCUACAUUUAAUUGUCCCGCACUGCAAAAUUGACAUCUGUAAUGUACGACAGCAUUGCUUUUAGGACAUUUACAGCAGGUAGAACAUGUCUCCCUAUAAGCAGAAAAGCGUCAAUUGUGUGAGUAUGAUGCCUCUGCAUGAACGAGAACACAUUGUUCUGCAACUCUCGAAUGCCGAUCCAAAGACAUAAUUUCCAGGAGCAUGUUUUUGGAUCAAUCUGAUAGCUCCCGAGUGCCGGGAAUUGACGGCAGGACCUCCUUUCACUCGUUUUAAAUUACACCCUCGCCCUUAAUUGGUCGCUCCACUUAAAUGCACCACGCCACCCUACCUGAACAUAUUUUUUUAAAAAAAUCAACAUAAAACUGUAUAUAUAUUGUGUCGGAGCCGUCAGUUUGACCGCGCCUUGCAAGAUGUUCCCAAUGAUUUGUGCGAUGUGCUUUUGGCUUGUUGCGCGCGUCUUCGUACAGGGAGCACUUUGCGAACCGAUUAAGAUCCCGAUGUGCGAGGCGAUGCCCUGGAAUAUCACGAGAAUGCCCAACCAUCUCCAUCACAACACCCAAGAAAAUGCUAUUCUGGCUAUAGAGCAGUACGUGGAAUUAGUGGAUACCAGUUGCAGUCCAUUGCUGCGCUUCUUUCUCUGUGCAAUGUACGCGCCCAUCUGCACCUUUGAAUUUCUUCACGAUCCUGUUAAACCAUGUAAGUCAGUUUGCCAGAGAGCAAGAGACGGGUGCGAGCCUAUUUUGAAAAUAUACAAUCACAGCUGGCCCGAGAUUCUAGCUUGCAAUGAUUUGCCCGAAUACGACCGAGGAGUCUGCAUCGCUCCCGAGGCAAUUGUCACUGAUUUAGCCGAAGAUUCAAAGUGGAUAGAAUUCACCGGAGAUGCGCUUGUCGCGAAGGCUUCUGCCUGUAAGACCUGGAAUUCAAAUCAUUGUAAAUGUAGAAAAAUUAAACCAACGCUAAAAACGUACUUGGGCAAGAAUUAUAACUAUGUUAUUCGGGCCAAAUUAAAAGAAGUGAGCAGAAGUGGAUGUAAUGAAAUCACAACUGUAGUGGAGGUGAUUGAAACUUUCAAAUCAUUGACACCUAUUAUGCAACCUUAUGUAACCAUUCUCACCAAUUCUUCAUGCUCAUGUCCUCAAUUACCACCCAACCAAGAUUCACUUAUCAUGUGCUAUGUUCUUCACUCACGACUGAUGCUCUUUAAUGGCUGUUUGGUUGCAAAAUGGAAAGAUCAAUGGGUUAAACGAUUGAAGCAUUGGGAACAAAGAUUAAACCAACAACAGCGAUUGGGUGUUAUUCAUGAGAGAAACCAAAAUACUGGACACAGUGAGCGAGGUGGUGAUCCAAAGCUAAGGUCGAAGAACCGAAACCAUGUUCCUGGCAAACCUGGUAAAAUAGCCAAUAAAAACAAGAAGGAAGCCAAGAAACUAUAAAUUGGAAAGUUGAUGCAGCUACAACUAUCUUGUAUUCUUGAUAUCAGACAUUGGCUUCAAUAGCAUGCAGCAAACUGUAUUUACAAACGUCUGUAUAGUAUCAACAACAUUGAAUGUUUUGAAUUUCAUUAUGCAGGCACUGCCAACCAUAGCCAUUGGUUUGCGCUACAAUGUGGUGGGCAUCUUUGAUAACUCUCAUAUUUCAAAGCAAGGAAAUAUGUCUGAAUAAUUUCUGUCCAUCUUAUAUUCUUGAGAAAUCCACCUUGCUACUGCAUAGUUGCUUGCUGCACUGCAUGUUGACAAUGUGCCAUUUGUAAGUUUAUCUCUAUCUCUGAAUUAUUAUUUUCCCUAACAUAGAUAUAUUGCAUUACUUAUUUAAAAUAUCAUUCUUCCAAUGUGUCAGUUUAAUAUAAAAAAACUGAUAGAAUAACAAUAAAUGAAAAUACUGCAGAUGCUGGAAAUCUGAAAUAAUAACUAAAAUCUCUGGAAAAACUUAGUAGGUUGGAGACCAUUCAUAACUAUUAUGUUAGAUUGUA